AUGUCAUCUUCAAACUACGGGAACGACCGCCUUGACAGCUACCAGGGCGAUGGCUCUUCUGGCCGUGACAACUCGUAUGGUUCGUCUGACCGGGACAACUCUUAUGGCUCCUCUGGCCGCGAUAACUCCUCAUCCGGCGGUAAUAACUCCUAUGGCUCGUCCGGCAAUGACAACUCUUAUGGCUCCUCUGGCCGCGAUAACUCCUCAUCCGGCGGUAAUAACUCCUAUGGCUCGUCCGGCAAUGACAACUCUUAUGGCUCCUCUGGCCGCGAUAACUCCUCAUCCGGCGGUAACAACUCCUAUGGCUCGUCCGGCAAUGACAGCUCUUAUGGAUCGUCUGGCCGUGACAACUCAUAUGGCUCGUCCGGAAAUGACAAUUCUUAUGGCUCGUCUGGCCGCGAUAAUUCCUCAUCCGGCGGCAACAAAUCCUACGGCUCGUCCGGCAAUGACAAUUCUUAUGGAUCGUCCGGAGGUGAUAAUUCCUAUGGCUCUUCCGGCCGCGAUGAUUCCUCGUCUAGCGGCAACAACCGUGACAACUCUUAUGGUUCAUCCGACCGCGACAACUUCUCGUCCGACCGUGAUACCUCUUAUGGCUCGUCUGGCCGCGAUAAUUUUUCGUCCAAUCGUGACAACUCUUACGGCUCCUCCAGCGGUGAUAACUCCUAUGGCUCGUCCAACACUGGAAGCACUGUUGAAAAGCUUGUGGAGAAGGCCGGCGAUAUUGCGGGAUUUAGCAACUUUGGCCAGAGUAACCGUGAUAGACGCGAUUAG